AUGAUAGAUGAACUUUAUGAGGUUUCUACAAAUAGCAUUGUUUUCUGGUGUCUGUCAUAUCAAUUUGCAGAAAGCCUUCUGGGUUUUGUUUGGUUUAAGCUUAAGUUGCAAAAGUUGUUAUCUUUUUAUUAUACUAGUGUAAGUGUUGAGUUGGAGCAAUGGAAGGAAGUGAUAUAUACGGAGCGAGUACGAGUUUCCGCGCGAGAAGUUCUUCUUCUACUAGGUUGGAGAAACAGUGGAAUAGAGGCUUUUUCGUCGCGACGUGGAGAACUAGAAGAUGAUGAAGAAGCUCUUAAAUGGGCUGCACUUGAAAAACUCCCUACUUACAACCGUUUGAGGAAAGGGUUGUUAGCGACAUCACGCGGUGUUGCCAAUGAGAUUGAUAUAUUAACUGAUCUUGGAUUUCAAGAAAGACAGAAACUUUUGGAUAGGUUGAUCAAUGUGGCUGAAGAGGGUAAUGAGAAGUUUUUGUUGAAGCUAAAGGAAAGAAUUGAUAGAGUUGGGAUUGAGGUUCCGACAAUCGAAGUUCGAUACGAGCGGCUAAUUGUUGAGGCGGAAGCUUAUGUCAGAGGAAGGGCUUUACCAACUUUGUUGAACUCUGUCACUAAUGCUGUUGAGAGUAUCUUGAUUUCUCUCUACAUUCUCACAAACAAAAAGAAACAUAUGACUAUUCUCAAAGAUGUUAGUGGAAUUGUAAAACCAAGUAGGAUGACACUUCUUCUUGGUCCUCCGAGUUCGGGAAAAACCACGCUUCUUUUGGCCUUAUCAGGAAAGCUUGAUCCCAAUCUCAAGGUAUCUGGGAAAGUGACCUAUAACGGACAUGGAAUGGAUGAAUUUGUGCCUCAAAGAACAGCUGCAUAUAUUAGUCAACAUGAUGUUCAUAUCGGAGAAAUGACUGUUAGAGAAACCCUGGCUUUCUCAGCAAGAUGCCAAGGUGUUGGAUCACGAUACGACUUGUUGUCGGAGUUGUCUAGAAGAGAAAAAGAAGCAAAGAUUAAGCCAGACCCGGAUAUCGAUGUCUUCAUGAAGGCAGUAUCAACUGGAGGCCAACAGGAAAGUGUGGUAACUGAUUAUGUACUCAAGCUUUCGUGCAGAUUAUUAAAGCAGUAUCUUCUGCUACUAUUGAUAAACCAAGUGGCUUCUGGACUAUUUCGCGCUAUUGCAGCACUCGGUAGAAAUAUGAUUGUCGCCAACACGUUCGGGUCCUUUGCACUUCUCACACUUCUUACAUUAGGUGGCUUCAUUAUGUCCAGAAAGGAUAUCAAAAGCUGGUGGAUUUGGGGUUACUGGAUUUCACCUUUGAUGUAUGGACAAAAUGCUAUAAUGGUGAAUGAAUUCCUCGGAGAUAGUUGGAACCAUUUUACACCAAAUUCGAAUAAAACACUAGGAAUUCAAGUUUUGGAAUCUCGCGGAUUCUUCACAGACGCAUAUUGGUAUUGGAUAGGGGUUGGUGCAUUAGUAGGAUUUAUGUUUCUUUAUAACAUUAUAUUCACCGUGGCUCUCACGCAUCUCAAUCCAUUUGAUAAGGCACAAGCAACUAUAAGUGAAGAAUCAGAAGACAGCACAACAAAUGGCACACACCAAGAAGUUGAAUUACCGCGUAUAGCAAGUUCAGGAGAAUCCUCUAGCCGCAGACAGAAAAGAGGAAUGGUUCUUCCUUUCGAACCACAUUCGAUAACCUUCGACGAAGUUGUGUAUUCUGUCGACAUGCCACAGGAAAUGAAGAUUCAAGGAGUAAUGGAGGAUAGGUUGGUGCUUUUGAAGGGUGUUAGUGGUGCAUUUAGGCCUGGUGUUCUCACAGCGUUGAUGGGAGUUAGUGGAGCUGGAAAAACUACUUUAAUGGAUGUUUUGGCUGGUAGGAAAACCGGUGGUUAUAUCGACGGGAGCAUCAAAAUUUCUGGCUACCCUAAAAAACAAGAAACGUUUGCUCGAAUCUCUGGUUAUUGUGAGCAAAAUGACAUCCAUUCUCCUCAUGUUACUGUCCAUGAGUCAUUGCUCUACUCGGCAUGGCUUCGCUUACCAGCCGAAGUUGAUUACAAUACAAGAAAGAUGUUCAUUGAGGAAGUAAUGGAACUAGUGGAGCUCAAUCCAUUGAGAAACUCUUUGGUUGGUUUGCCUGGCGUGAACGGUCUUUCAAUCGAACAACGUAAGAGGCUAACUAUAGCAGUUGAGUUAGUUGCCAACCCUUCCAUAAUUUUCAUAUUGAGCUUACUUGGCCUCACUCCACUCGCUGAACGUGUGAGCUUUCUCACAGAACAAAUUGCCAUUUUCACUGGUCCAACAGUUGGAGGACUUCUUAAUGCAACAUGUGGGAAUGUAACUGAACUUAUUAUUGCAAUAUUUGCUCUUACCACCAACAAAAUUGCUGUUGUGAAGUAUUCUCUCUUAGGUUCCGUGCUUUCGAAUCUUCUUCUUGUUCUCGGAACUUCUCUACUUUGCGGUGGAAUUGCGAAUAUUGGAGAGGAGCAGAAAUAUGACAGAAGACAAGCGGAUGUGAACUCGCUGAUGUUGCUAUUGGCGUUGUUAUGCCAUUUGCUUCCGUUGCUAUUCACGUACAGCGCUGCUUCGGCUGAACUCACCGUAGAGCCUUCGCUGUAUUUGUCGAGAGCUUCUAGCAUUGUUAUGCUGGUUGCGUAUUUUGCUUACUUGAUCUUUUAGUUAUGGACGCAUAGGCAAUUAUUUGAAGCGGAAGAUGAAGGGGAAGGGGAAGGUGAGAACAAUGGAGCGGAAGAAGAGGCUGUGAUUGGAUUCUGGAGUGGAUUUGCUUGGUUGGCUGGAAUGACUGUGUUCAUUGCUUUGUUGUCUGAAUAUGUGGUGGAUACAAUUGAGGAUGCAUCAGAUUCAUGGGGUUUAUCUGUGAGCUUUCUCAGCAUAAUCUUGCUUCCGAUAGUUGGCAAUGCGGCUGAACAUGCAGGAGCAAUCAUUUUUGCUUUCAAGAACAAGCUGGACAUUUCCUUAGGUGUUGCAUUGGGCUCUUCCACUCAAAUUGCCAUGUUUGUGGUAAAUAAACAUACUCUCAACUUUUAUAUUUAUAAAGAUUGCGGUUGAAACAGCGUCGGUUAUGCGGUGACCUUAACAUCUUUUACACGGGAGUUAUAUUUAUCGUUGUGGACCGCAAUU